AUGGUUCAUGUUCCUAUGGAUCCAAGUCUGAAACUCUCUAAAGCGUGUGAUGAAGGACGAGUAGAUGAAAAGGAGUACAGGAGAAACGUCGGGUGUCUCAGAUACCUUCUACACACCAGACCCGACCUCUCUUAUUCUUUUGGGGUAAUGAGUAGGUACAUGGCAGAGCCAAGGACUUCGCACGCAGCAGCAAUGAAACAGAUCCUCCGCUACUUGCAGGGAACUUGUUCUCAUGGACUUACUUUCAGGACGGGAGAUAACUCGAAGCUUAGUGGAUACAGAGAUGCAACCCACGAUGUUGAUGAUGAUGAUGGAAGGAGUACAACUGGUCACAAGCAAGAAACGGUUGUUCUAUCAUCUUGUGAAGCAGAAUUCAUGGCAGCAUCUGAGGCAGCAAAACAAGCUAUUUGGCUUCAAGAUCUUCUUUGUGAGAUAGUUGGCAAAUCGUGUGAGAGGGUGGUGAUUUACAUUAACAAUAAGUCAGCUAUAGUUCUUACUAAGAAUCCGAUGUUUCACGGUUGA